AUGGAUCAAAAAUUUAAAAAAAAACAGACACAAAAAUGGACACAUUGACGCCUCCUUACUGUUUUUCAGACACAAGCCCCAUUACUGAUGAGUCAGAUUCAUCACUUAACAGUAACAACAGACCCAGGAAGCGCCGAUGGUCAAGCAUUUCAUUGAACGAUUCGGUAUCAUUACAGAUAUCAAGUCAGAACUCUGAGCACUCUGAGUUCUCCGUUUCAAACUGGACUCUACGACAUGUUGAAAGACUAAAUAUAUCCUAUGCAUCUGAGUAUUUGGAAGAUCCUUUUGAUUUGUUUGAGAAAAUUGGUAGACAAAUAAACCCCCUUUCUGAUCUGCAAAGAAAAUAUACUGGCAAAGUGAAAUCUCUUCUCAAUUUCGAUGCAAAUGUACCAGAAAAUAGACAAGAAAUAUAUACCAGAGAUAUAUGUUCAGAUUUAAAUCAUCAAAUUAUUGAUCAGUUGGAAACACUGAAAGUAGAAAAUAAGACUUAUUCAACAGACAAUAAAGACAAUUUUGUGGAUUCCAUGGCUCAAAUCAGAGCAUUUGACUUCAUACUGGAGCUGUCGAACAUUCUGAAAAUUUAUAAAAAUAUAUAUCAGCUGAUGAAAUAUCAUGUAGCCAUAGCAAUAGAAGAAUCUGGCAAACUCUAUGUACCGAUGAUUUCUAAAUUAGCAGAAUUGUGUCAACUGAGGGCUGAAAUUGGUAAAGGAAGGCGGGGUCAGUGGUUACACUUGUUAGAUAAUGAUGUUUAUUCUGAACCAGAUCUGAGAUUAUAUAAGAAAGGCAUGCCAAUAGUUGAUUCAGUAGUAGAAGGACCAGAUACCUGUGUCACAGUAACUGCGCACCAGAGGAAUUUCUGUCAAAGAAUAAAUGAAACUCACAGUAAAAGAUCAAUUAAUGAAACAACUAUAUUUAACGAAGACAUACAGUCACCAAGAUUGUUGCAGAAUUUAAAUGAAUCAAUUCUCGGCAAACAUGCUGGGGAGUUAUUGUUAGACAUUAGGUCAAAUGGCAUGAGAAAGAAAAAUGGUGACACAAAUGAACGAAUAAUGCUUGGAACUAUAAUUGAUGGGACAAAGAUUUAUUUAACCCUUUUGGAGAUGACAGAAACACACUGCAGAAAGCUUGAAAGGCAAGAUCAGCUAACAGAUUCAGAUAGAGCAUGCAUACAUUAUGUUAAACCAUUUGAUAUCAUCUUUGAAGAGGAACGUAAUAUGUUGAUUGAAUGUUUAAUAUGUCUGAAUAAUAUUAAGCAAUAAAGCUUACCUUUGUUACAUGUACGUUUGUAUUUUCCCAAGUGAAUUGUUUUACUGAGCACAGAAUCAACAUGUAGAUCAACUAGUAUGACCAUAUACAUGAUAUAUUGGCCUCUUUGGCCAUAUAAUGACCAUAUAUUGAAAAGUAAAAGGUGACUUAUUGGUCCAUUGGGCUGGGUGUAUUUUGUAUGUUGGAUUAUAUUUUGUAGAAAUAUAUAUAUUUAUGUCACUAUAAUAAACUAUUUAUUUACUUUA